AUGCUUAGCCUGUUAAGGAGAAGCAAAGGUGGUAACACCUUGUGGCGACAGUACCUAUUUACAAUUCCAGCGACAAGGACAGUUGAGAAAAGAACGCGAUUAUAUGCCACAAAGGUGGUUCUUGGCAUUGAAACGUCGUGCGAUGAUACCUCUGCUGCCAUUGUGACAUCGGAUCGCACGAUUCUUUCCGAAGUCGUUAAAAGUCAACAAGAAAUGCACGAACCCAUGGGGGGCAUCGUCCCCACGCUGGCCAGUCUUGGUCAUUCACGGCACUUGCCCAGUGUUAUUUGUGAAACUUUGGACCGUGCCAAGUUGACAAUUGCCGAUAUUGAUGCUAUCGCCGUCACUCGCGGACCGGGUCUUCCGCCCUGUCUACCCGUCGGCUUGAAUGCUGCCAAAACACUUGCUGCUGUUUCCAAAAAACCAUUGAUUGGCGUGCAUCAUAUGGAAGCUCAUGCAUUGACGGCAAGAUUGACAACGCCAACACCUUUUCCGUUUAUGACACUCCUUAUAUCGGGUGGUCACACGUUACUAUUGACUGCAAACGGUCUUGGUGACUAUGAUCAACUCGGUACUACGUUGGAUACAGCUGUGGGCGAAGCGAUCGACAAGACGGCGCGCGCACUUGAACUCGAAUGGAAUGGCAGCAGCCCUGGGCCUGCAUUGGAACGUGCUGCAGCCAAAGGCGAUCCAGACCGGUUUCAGCUCCCUACGCCCAUGUUACAACGCAACAAAUCCGUGAUUGCAUUCAGCUUCUCCGGUCUCAAGACAUCCGUGGCACGACUCGCUCAGGAACAGAUCAAAACGCCGCAAGACACGUGCGACGUUGCAGCAGCAUUUCAAAUGACAUGCAUUCGGCAUAUUGAACAAAAGCUCAAGCUUGCCUUACACCAAGAGAUGACCAUGAACAAAAAACCAUUGACGGCACUGGUAGUAAUGUGCCCACCGCCAAAACUGUGUACGGAUAACGGUGUCAUGAUUGCUUGGGCUGGACUGGAACGAUUCCAAGCUGGACUUACGGAUGAUUAUACAAUCACUACCCUGCCGAAAUGGCCUAUCGAAUCCCUCAAAGAGAGAAGCUCAUCAUAA